UGGGAGCCCUGCUACAGCAGAGCUUCAGAGCAGCUGCCACACACAGCACCUUGCCCUACUGGAAACAUAUAUGCCUGGACCACAUCACACAAAGAAAGAGCAGCAGCCACUGAUGGCCAACACAGAUCCAGAGGUGUCAGGGGGCGGGGAGCAGAAGAAGGCCCAGGGGGAAAACGCCGAAGCUAGGAAGUCUGCAGUCCCCACCUGCCAGCAGAAGGCCAAAGCCCGGCUCCUACUGUUACUGUCCUACAUCUCAGGAGACAUGGAGGUGUUUGCAGAGUGGAUGAAAAAACAGUUCUUCCUGCUCCAGCUGUUAGACUGGGUUCUCCGUGGUGCUGCCCAGGUCAUGUUUGUCAACAAUCCUCUGAGUGGCCUAGUGAUCUUUGCUGGGCUGAUCCUGCAGAACCGCUGGUGGGCUCUCAACGGCUUCGUGGGCACACUCUUCGCCACCAUCUCUGCCCUCAUACUGCAACAGAGCAGGGGUGCGAUUGCAGCGGGGCUGUAUGGUUACAAUGGGAUCUUGGUGGGGCUGCUGAUGGCCGUGUUCUCUAACGCUGGAGACUGGUACUGGUGGCUCAUACUGCCCAACAUCGUCAUGUCUAUGACCUGCCCUAUAGUGUCCAGUGCGUUGGCGUCCAUUAAUAGUCGUUGGGAUCUGCCAGUGUUCACUCUUCCCUUCAACAUCCUGGUAUGUCUCCACAUGGUGGCUACUGGCCACUACAACCACCACUUCCCCCAAGUCCUCAUCCAGCCGCGCACAGAACUAGCCAACAUCACCUGGGCCGAGGUCGACGUAGCUAAGCUGUUCACAGCAGUGCCAGUAGGUAUAGGCCAGGUGUAUGGGUGUGAUAACCCCUGGACAGGAGGAAUCUUCAUGGUCUCUCUCUUAAUUUCCUCUCCCAUCACCUGUGCUCACGCUACCAUUGGAUCCGCAGUCGGCAUGGUCUCAGGUCUGGCCCUGGCAGCUCCAUUUGAGGCGAUCUACUUUGGUCUGUGGGGGUAUAACUGUGUUCUAGCCUGUAUCGCUAUUGGAGGGAUGUUCUACGCUCUCACCUGGCAGGUACACCUGCUGGCAAUCACCUGUGCUUUCUUCUGUGCAUAUCUGGGCUCAGCCAUCGCUAAUGUCAUGUCCACAUUUGGCCUGCCAGCCUGCACCUGGCCCUUCUGUCUCUCCGCCCUCACCUUCCUUCUGUUUACCACGGAAACCAACACCAUAUUCAAGCUGCCGCUGGCUAACGUGGCCUACCCCGAGAGGAACCUGCGCUUCUUCUGGAAGCUCCGCAAGAAGGAGAAGCUGGAGAGAGAGGAGAAGGAAAGAGAGGAAGAGAAGAAAAGAGAUGAGGAAAGGUGGAGGGCAAAGGAGCAGGAGCUGCUAGGCAACGAGAAAGAGGUGCUGAGGAUGGAGAGGAUGGAUGGGAAAGAGAAGGGUGAUGGGAUGGAAGGCAAGCAGAUGAAUGAAAUUAUGAUUCAGGAGGAAGAGAUGAUGGAGGUGGCCUUGGGUGAAAUGAGCAGCAUGGCAGAAAAUGUCUGAGCUCAUCAACAGACUCCAGAUGUUUUACUAUGUAGAUAGAGUAGCAGAGACUCAGGUGAUGGACAGAUGGGUGUGUGUGUUUGUAGACGGUGUAUGAAGUGUUAGUUUUAGCAUUAUACAUACUGUAUGUAACUUAUCUUGUUUAUUACUUCUGAAAAAUGCCCAAAGCUCAGGUAACUAGAGCUCAGGUAACUAGCACUCAGGUAACUAUCACUCAGGUAACUAGAGCUCAGGUAACUAGAGCUCAGGUAACUAGCACUCAGGUAACUAGCACUCACGGUAACUAGCACUUCAGUAACUAGAGCUCAGAGU